AUGCAAUCCUCAGACAGAAGCUUGGCAGAUAUGCAAUCUGACAUGCUUUUGGAGAUGUUUGCUUCCUUCACCAUGAUAGAAAUUAUUAUGAGCAUUUCUGCUGUUUGCAAAUGCUGGAAAUCGCUUUCUUCUGAGCUAACAAUGUGGAAAACCUUAGAUUUGACCAUGUUCAGAGACUAUUUUAGAUCCCAACACUUGGGAAGAGCUGGUUGUACCAAGAGUUGCCGGCUUUUGGUGCCCGUGCCCCCAUCUGAAACACCUUUUUCUUCCAUCUUUACUGUUAUUAACAGACCAAGGAGUAAGGACUAUCGACAGCUUUUGAAUUGUGGGGAACAUUCUGCCAGCAUAUUUCAAAUCAUUGGCCAAAACUGCAAGAUUUUGACAGUGCUCAGGCUUCGUGUAUGCGAUCUUGUUAAUCAAAUUUCUUCCACCAUAACCAAUUGCUUACCAGGGUUAAAGGUCUUCGUUCUUCGAUGUGAUGCUAUAGAAAAGGACGCCCUGAAGAAUUUACUAGACGGUUUGGCAAACCUUGACGAACUCUACAUCUCCAUCAGUGCCACUGCACUAGCAACAGACCCUUUUGGAUUAUCCGAAAUUCUGGCACCCUUCCAAGAUGAAUCAAUUGUCCAGAAAGCUUCCAUGCUUCGAAGGAAUAAUCCAUUGAAAAAUAUGGCAGAUUGCAAGGCAAUUUUUUUGCCAAUCUAUGCAAUUGUGGUUAUAGGAGCAUCCCUGUAUUGUCUUUUCAUUUUCUCUGAUGUUUAUAGGAGCUGCUCUUCCUCCUCCUCUUUUUCCCUCUUGUCCAGUAGUCCAGGCCAAAGCCAGGCAUCCAAUUCAUCUCAUAGGACUAAUAGUGGGAAUCCUUCACUGGCUCCCAUUUCCAGGAUGGAAAACAAAUUAGUCAAACCUAUCUGGGCGGUCCCUCCGGCUGGCUCUCAGAAGAUGCCUCCUCGUAAGGCCUUCAAAUUGAGCAAGAAGUUGGUUCAACAAAGAGUGAAGGAUAACAUUAUAAUAGUUACCUUUGGUAACUAUGCUUUCAUGGAUUUCAUCUUAAACUGGGUAAAGCACUUGACAGAAUUGAGUAUCGAAAAUCUUCUUGUUGGUGCCAUGGACACAAAACUGCUGGAGGCUCUUUAUUGGAAAGGAGUACCAGUUUUUGAUAUGGGUAGACAAACGAGCACAAUAGAUGUUGGCUGGGGCUCACCAGACUUUCAGAAGAUGCAAAGGGAGAAAGCUAUUUUGAUAGAUGCUUUCCUCCCUUUUGGUUUUGAGCUGUUGUUGUGUGAUUCAGAUACGGUUUGGUUGAAGAAUCCCCUACCAUAUCUAGCACGUUUCCCUGAUGCAGACAUAUUGACAUCCACAGACCAACUUAUACCAACAGUCGUGGAUGACAGUUUGGACUUCUGUGAGCAAAUUCAGUUUGCAUAUAAUGUAGGUUUAUUUCAUUGGCGGCCAUCAAAUUCCUCAAAAAAAUUUGCAAAAGAAUGGAUAAAACUGCUUCUAGCGGAUGAAGGGUUAUGGGAUCAACAGGGUUUCAAUGACAUUAUUCGCCGGCAACUGGGCCCAUCUGUUGAUCAAGAUAGUAAACUUACUUAUGCUUAUGAUGGAGAGCUGAAGUUGGGUUGUCUCCCAGUAAGCAUUUUUGGUGGUGGGCAUACUUUUUUCGUCCAAAAGAUGUAUCAACAUCUUGGACUCGACCCUUAUGCAGCGCAUGCAACAUUCCAGACUAGUACUGAAGCAAAGCGUCACAGAUUCCGAGAAGCAAAUCUUUUGUUCGAUCCACCAAGUUACUAUGAUGUCCCUGGAGGGUUCUUGACGUUUAAACCUUCUAUACCCAAGAAUUUGUUACUAGAUGGAGAGCAUAAUAUUCAAUCACACUUUUCGCUUGUUAAUUACCAAAUAAAACAAAUUAGAACUGCAUUUGCUGUUGCUUCAUUGCUUAAUCGUACAUUGGUAAUGCCUCGCUUAUGGUGCCGGAUGGAUAGUGUUUUUUUUGCACAUCCUAGAGAUUUGACAGGGAGUAUUAUGAGACAACCUUUUAUCUGUCCUUUGGAUUAUGUAUUUCAGGUUAACAUCAUGGUGAAAGAAUUGCCAGAAAACAAAUUCGGACCUUCGAUCAGAUUUAGGGAGCAUUCUUUGUUUGACAAUCCAUCCAUGCCCCAGAAGGUGAAAGAUUCAUGGCUUGAUGUAGAUCUUUGUCAAGAGUGGUCACAAGGCUGUCAAGUUUCAUCAAACACUACAAGAAGUCAAACAGGAGUCCUCAAAUUUCCCAAAAAUAGCUCUGAACAAACAUACACGGCCGUAUUCUCAUCAUUCAAAACUGUCAAAGUCAUUCAGUUUUCAUCAAUGCGAGAUGCCUUCGCAGGUUUCGCUGACAAGCUCAAGGAAGAAAAGUUCAGGAACCGCAUGAAGGCAUAUAUGGGUAGAUGGUGUUGCGUGGAAGAUCACGAUCCACCCCACAUAUACUAUGACAUCUACUGGGACGAAAAGCCUGAUUGGAAACCUGAACCACCUCAGACCCCUGAAGAUGACCAUCCACCUUCUUAA